AUGUUGCGUCGACUCUGGGCCGGGUCCCGCGUCCCAGCCCGCAGCCUCUCAUCCAACAUCGGCAGACAGCUACACUCACCACCAACUGGCCGCUCUCGAAUAUCCCAGCAUGAAAUCCCACGCCAUGGCCCCAGAACACACACAAACCACCGACCAUCAAAACUGCUCCAAGCCGGUAUCUACGGCUCCAUAUACACAUCCAUAGGCUUCCUGGUGCUCAACGAGGCGCUGGACUGGCCGACGCGGAAAGCCAUCGGCGUCGAAACCGUGCAAUCCAUCACGCUCGAGGAGGACGAAGAGAUCAAGUGCGCGCGGUUCUGGGAGACGGGCCAGUCGCUCUUCGAGGCGUACACCGGCUGCGAAGAAGUCGAGCACCACGGCCCGGUGCGUCUGCUGGGGGACCCGGACCAGGGAUGGCUGCACGACGACGUGCUGCAGACGCGGACGAUGACGGCGCCGGACCCUGAGAAACCCGGCGGCACUAUCUUCCUGUUCCUGGGUGUGCUGCUGGAUCCCGAGGAUGUGUACAUCACUGAGUACGGGAAUCGGCUGACUGAUGCUACGGAGGCGAUAUUACCCGCGCUGGAGGAAUUUGCAAGGGAGCGGAAGGUGGGGCGGGGGGUGUUUGUGCUUCUGGAGAAUGGUGGGGAGGGGAACUGGAAGAGUGUUUACUUUGAUGGGACGAGGUGGAUUAAUGUCGUGUAUUUGGAGUGGCAGACGGCGGAGUCGCUGGGAUUGUAUUGA